AUGGCUCUCAAGAUCAAAAUUGCUGAAACGAAGGUUAUUUUGCUCAACCUGCUACUCUGUGUAAUCAUAUUCUACUCAGUGUAUUAUGUGGUCCUAUGCUUUUGUUUCACAGCAUUCAGGCUGCAGAUGCUGGAUGGACUGGGACCUUUUGAUUUUAAGACCAACCCGUCAUGGAUUAAUCCAUAUUAUUUAGUUCUUCUCGUGUCAUUGGAGAUAACUUAUUCCAUCUCUGGACUGCUCUUUGUCUUGGUUGUAGAAGAAUGGGUUUGGGAUUAUGCUAUCAUGGUUACAAUCAUUCACAUCACAAUAACUUCUGCUGUUAUGUCUGAAUUUCCGCUGAUGUUGCACUGGUGGGCAGCUUUAGGUUCUGGCCUAAUUUCAAUGAUUUGUGGUGGACAAUGUUUGGCCUACUAUCUGUUCAAAGACAACUUUAUUUACCCAGUUCUGGAUGAUUUCUGA